GAGUCUGAAACUUGCGUAAGUCAGACAGUCUCGUCCCCAUUUGCGAUCCGCAUUUUUGGUCGCUCGCUAGUCAGCCUUCUUUAUUGCUUCUACGCGCGGGCUGAAUUGUUUCCCCUGGACAUUUUGCCGGUGGUUCGAGUUUAUUCUGCCUGUUUUGUCUGUCUCUCACACUCAACUCACUCGACUCAUUCAUUUCUUUCUUUGCCUGAUUUGUCCCCGGUUAUACACAACGCCAACCGCCCUGCAAAUCUGACGCGCAACAUUGUUACCUUGGGAAAUCUAUCGCAUUCUACAGCAGAAGAAAUCUCCGACAAGGAUUCUCUCUCUCUCUCUCUCUUUCUCUCGCUCUCACUUGACCAUCACAACCCAACACAUACCACUCACACAUUUCAUUACAAGCACAUAUACAUCUUACUGCGCAAUCAAAAUGUCCGACGACGAAGACUAUUACGAUGAAUACGAUGAGGAUAUCUUCUGGGUUGAGGAGCCUGAUCCGACUAUUGCUGACGACCUAGCAGCAACUUCCACCACCGAAGCCAUCUUCUAUGACAACCCCGCCCUAGAAGUCGAAGACUAUUUUUCCGACUGGGACGACCUCUCGGACGAUUACUACGACGACGAUCCGACCGCUGUGCGCCGCGCGCGGGCCUUAGGGUUGUUGCCACUGCCGACAGCCCAAAACCAAAAGCAAAUCCAAAAGCAGCAUCAGGGGGGUAGAGCGGGUGUGGCUGCGACUGCGACUGGCAAGCAUACCGCAAAGACGACACUGUUCUUCGAUCUAGGUGCUUUUCAGAGUGUCGUGUGGAAAUCUUCCUCCCAGGAGAAGGAGGAACACCAACACCAUUCAAAUGGCGGGAAGGUACAUGAGCCUGGGGAAGGGGAGAAGGUGGCGCUCCUGAAAAAUUGGAGGGAGGUGUUUCGGAGCGUUAAUCCGGGGAUCACUGCUGCAUCAUCGGCGGGGGGAGCCGGGAGGAAGGGAGUGCAGCAGCAGCAGCAGCAGCAGCAGCAGCAGGGGGGGCUGUGUUUGAGGGGGAGUAGUGCUGGAGCUGUUGAACGGAAUGGGGAGACUGGGCGUGAGGUGGAUGGGGUGGAUGGCGCUGCGGCCAUAGAGAAAGAGCCGAUUGAGGAUGCUACUGUAAAAUCUCUCGGAAAGGGCGAGGAUGGGUUUGUCGCGGCGGAGUUGGUCAUUGAUGGCGGCGGAGGUAGCGAGGUUGGAGAUGAGGUUUUCAAGGGGGCGCCUGUUGGAGGCGAGGGAAACAUCAAGAAUGCUACGAAUGGUAAGGUGAAUGGGAAGACUCGCGAGGCUGCAUCCGAGUUACCUCCGCCGACAGUCCCCAAAACCAGGAAGCGCAAGGCCGACGAGGAUACUCUGGACACCGCACCCCAAACCCGAGCGAAGAGAGUGGCGUCUACCAAAGUGUCCCCACCAGACGCCCCGGCCCCUGUGCGCCGAUCUGCGAGGAAUAAAUAGUGGAACGCAUUCGAUCGAAUGAGCGUUAUGAUGUUAUGAUUCUUCUUGCACUUGUGUUUAUACCGAUCAGAUAUCACAGACCUAUGACUAGUCUUGAGUCUAUGCAUACUC